AUGUCUGACCCAUCGGAGCCAGUACUUAUAGAUCCACAAGAUGAGCCGAUCAUCGAUACCUUCGAUCUUGUUUUUCUUAUUUCUGCUGGUCUCAUUGCCGUCUUGUAUCUUUUCCGUGAUACUAUUUUUGGAGCUAAAAAAUCUCCUGCCUUACCUCCACCAGUCCCAGUAUCUAAACCUCCUCUAAAAAAGGACAAAAAUUUUAUUAAAAAGAUGCGAAAUACGGAUAAAAAUGUUGUUCUUUUUUACGGGUCACAAACUGGUACCGCUGAAGAUUAUGCAUCUCGUCUCGCAAAAGAAGGUUUACAACGAUUUGGUUUAAAAACCAUGACUAUCGACGUUGAAGAUUGUGACAUGACUCUUCUUGACGAAUUUCCUGAAGAUUGCUUAGCAUUCUUUUUGAUGGCGACUUAUGGUGAAGGUGAACCUACCGAUGAUGCUAUCGAAUUCUGGGAAUUGCUAAAUUCGGAUAAUCCUGAAUUUUCUCAAGGAAUUUCAAUCGAAGAUAAACCAUUAUCAAGUCUUCGAUACGUCGUUUUUGCUUUGGGAAAUAAAACAUAUGAGCACUUUAAUGCUGUUGGAAGACUUGUUGAUGCCAAAUUAUCAGAGUUUGGUGCUACAAGAAUUGGUGAACGUGGUGAAGGUGAUGACGAUGGUAGUUUAGAAGAAGAUUUCCUUGGCUGGAAAGAAGAUAUGUGGAAAGCUGUAUGUGACACCAUGAAUAUUGAUCCUAACGAGGCUCAAAAUCAUGGAACUCGUAUUUCCGCUUACAAGAUUACCGAGUUGGAAAAUUACGAUAAUGAUUCUGUAUUCUAUGGUGAACUUAGCGAACAUGCCCUGAAUGGUGGAACCCGUGCUACCUAUGAUGCUAAGAAUCCUUUUCCAUCGGCAAUCACUGCCUCUCGAGAAUUAUUCAAUUCAACAGAACGUAAUUGUGUGCAUAUGGAAUUAGAUAUUACUGGUUCAGGUCUUUAUUAUCAAUCGGGUGAUCAUGUUGCAGUCUGGCCUAUGAAUCCAGAACAAGAUGUUUAUCGUUUGCUUAAAGUAUUGGGACUUUGGGAGAAAAAAGACACUGUCGUCACAAUUGAAAGCACAGAUCCAUCUGCAUCUAAAAAGCAUCCAUUCCCAGUCCCUACUACAUAUGCCACGAUCUUUCGUAAUUAUCUUGACAUUAAUUCUCCGGCAUCUCGUCAAUUUAUUGCCACUCUGGCAAAUUAUGCGCCUACCGAAGAAGGCAAAUCUCGACUCACUACUUUAGGGCAAGAUAAAGAGGCUUACCGAAUUGAAGUCGCUGAGUCUCACUUAACUCUUGGUGAAGUACUAGAAUUGAUAUGCUCGAAUGGCAAACCAUUGGAUAGCAUACCAUUGGAUCUGAUAAUAGAAACCUUACCAAGACUGCAAUGCAGAUAUUAUUCAAUUUCAAGCACUUCUAAAGUCACUCCAACAUCUAUUCACAUCACAGCGACAGUUUUACGAUAUCAACCUCAAACCGCUCCUAAGAAGACUGUUUACGGUCUAGCAACAAAUUACAUCCAUCAAGUUCAUCAUAAACUCAAUAAUAUUGAACAUCCAGAUACGUCUCCAUACUACCUAUAUUCUGGCCCUAGAGACAAAUAUUAUGAUGAUACUACCAACACGAUUAAAUUUGCUAUACAUGUUCGAAAUACGAACUUUAAAUUACCCAAAAAUCUCAAAAUUCCAGUUGUAAUGGUAGGUCCUGGUACUGGUGUGGCUCCUUUCCGAGGAUUUGUCAUCGAAAGAGCCAAGUACAAGUCCGAAGGUGAUGUAAUUGGUGAUACAGUUUUGUUCUUUGGGUGUCGAAAACGUGACGAAGACUUUUUAUAUGCUAAAGAAUUUGAUGAGUUAUUCUCUGCCCUUGGUGAAACUGGGAAUGAUGCUAAAAAUAUGGCACGUGAUGUCAAUAAUGUGCUUAUCCAGAUAGCACAAACAUGUGGUGGUAUGGAUGAAAACAGUGCGAUAGCGUAUGUCAAAGAUUUAAGAAGCCGUGGAAGAUAUCAAGAAGAU